UAAUUCAUCUGCAAGCAAAAAUUUCAAGAAAUACAUUCAAAUAUUGAAUAAUUUGUAUCAAAGGAAAUCUAAAUGUUUGAGAAAUUAUUUAAUUCCAAGGAGCAUAUAUUUAACUAAAAAUAAAUUGUGUUUUGACCUUGAAGUGUUAAAACAUUUAAAACUAAAUGCAAUCCCUUCAAAAUUCAUUAUACCAAUAUCAUUGACACUUCUUAAUAGAAUUUAUUUUUAUCAAGACAAAAAGUCUCAUGAAAAUGCCUCAAAGUCAAAUCAAAGUAGUUCACCACAAGUCCCUAAUGAUGAAGAAAAAAAUGUCAAAGAGAAACAAAACAAAAAUUCUUAUAAUGAGAAAGAGGAAGAUGACAAAGAGAAGCAAAACAAAAAUUUGAAUAAUGAGAAGGAUAAAGAUAAAGAAUCUUCAUUUGUGGAUUCACCUCUUUCUCAAGCAUUAUUAAUGUUUUUAGGAGCUUACGUAGCCUUAUUUUUGCUUUCUUUUAUAACAAAUGGAUUUAGAGCUCCUAGUCAUCUUGAUAAAGAUGUGGAUUAUCCAUUUGACAAAAAUAACUCAAAUACAAAGGCCCACCACUACCCCCACAAUUUUAAUCCAGAUGUUAGUCCAAAAAGUCUGAUCAUAUCUUGGAAUGAUUUUGUUAGUAUCAUGUUGGCCAAAGGAGAAGUACAAGAAAUAACUAUUAAACCCGAGCAUGAAACAGCCAUCAUACACUUGUACCCUGGAGCUGUGAUUAAUGGGAAAAAGACAAAUAUUUUGACUUAUUACAUGGCCAUCCCUGAAAUUGAUAAAUUCGAAGAGAAGCUAAGAAAAGUGGAAAAUCAAAUGGGGAUCAAACCUGAAAAUAGUAUUCCUGUUGUCUAUGAACACAAUGAAGAAAGCGGAUGGUUCACUUUACUACUUAUCGUUGUACUUGCUGGAGCCUUGCUUUCUUCUUUCCGCAAAAACUUUCGCUUUAAACAACCCUUGGGAAGCGAUUUUUUGAGUCAAUUAACUAAAGCUAAAUUUAAAUUGGUCGAUCCAUUGGUAGGCGGCGGAGGUAUCAAGUUUAGUGACGUGGCAGGAUUGCAAGAAGCUAAAUUAGAGAUCAUGGAAUUCGUAGAUUACCUGAAAAAUCCUAAGAGAUUUCAAGAAUUAGGAGCCAAAGUUCCUAAGGGAGCCUUGCUAUUGGGGCCCCCGGGUUGCGGUAAAACACUUUUAGCCAAGGCUACGGCUACUGAGGCUGAUGUACCUUUCCUAGUUAUGGCUGGACCCGAGUUCGUUGAAAUGAUAGGUGGACUAGGUGCGGCCCGCGUUCGUGAUCUAUUUAAAGAGGCUCGCAAACGAGCCCCCUGCAUAGUCUAUAUAGACGAGAUCGACGCCGUCGGUCGCAAGCGUUCCGCAACCGAAGGUGGAGGUUCGGGAUAUGGAUCUUCGAACGGAGAGGAAGAACAGACCCUCAAUCAGUUGCUAGUCGAGAUGGAUGGCAUAAACACCCAACAAAACGUCAUAGUAUUAGCCUCGACAAACCGAGCCGACAUCUUAGACAGGGCUCUUUUAAGGCCCGGUCGAUUCGAUAGGCACAUAUUGGUAGACUUUCCAUCCUAUUCCGAGCGGGUAGAUAUUUUCAAAUUGGCCAUGAAAGGCCUCAAACUAGAUAGCGGCAAAAGUCCUGACGUAUUCGCCCCCGUUUUAGCCGCCAUGACCCCUGGAAUGAGUGGCGCCGAUAUUUCGAACGUUUGCAAUGAAGCCGCGUUACUUGCGGCCCGUUUGGGGGCUAAAACGGUAUCUGGUUAUCAUUUGCAGUACGCUUUGGAUCGAAUAAUUAGCGGGUCUUCUAAAAAAACCUCUACCAUAACCAACGAAGAAAAACGAUCUCUGGCUGUUCACGAGACUGGGCACGCCCUUUUUGUGUGGCUUUCCGCUAGUUUGCCAGCUGUUUUAAAGGUUUCGAUAGUACCUCGAAUCAGUAAAGAUGCCAUAUCCGGUUACACUCACCUAUCCUCCCCUUUUACAUUUUCCGACAAAACUCUUUACACCGAAAACGAAAUAUUUGAAAAAAUUUGCCAGAAUCUUGCCGGAAAGGUAGCUGAGAAUUUGAUACUCGGCAAGAUCACUAACAGUGGGGAAAAUGAUUUAAAACGGGCUAGCAAAUUAGCUUACUCGACGAUAAAAAAAUUUGGGAUGAAUGAAAAAGUUGGCUCUUUGUCCUUCGAAUCUUUUUCCGAUGAUUAUGAGACAUCCGAGUUCGCUCCUAAACCCUAUAGUAAAAGAUUAGGGAAUAUUAUCGAUCAAGAAGCUAGAAAUUUAUUGGUCAAAGCAUUUAAUCAUACAGAGAAGGUGUUGAAAGAAAAUAUAGACAAAGUUAACAAGUUAUCAGAAGCCCUUCUAGCUCAUGAAACCCUUGCGUAUGAAGAUAUUGAAAAGUUGAUAGGGCCACCUCCAUAUCCUAAAAAGAAACCCGCAAACCUAGAAAAUAUAUUAACUGCAGAAGUUUUGACUGUCAAACCUUAUUCAAAUGGGAAUAAAAUCGAAAAUGAAGAUAUCAAUGUGAAGAUUUAAGAUAGUAUAUUUAUUUCAUUAUAUUAUGUAAUGAUUAUUUGUAUUAA